UCUCAGUGACAUCACAUUGUCCAAGUCAACAGGAGGGAGAGAUGCCAUUGAAGGACCCUAGUUGGUGGUACACGGAUCUAGAAAAUGUUCGUGGUUCCAGACGCUGUGGUCAUGGUGAUAGCAGAGGGAGAGGUCGUAAGAGGAGUUCUGGAAAAUACUCUCCUGGCAUUAAUUUAGCACUGGAAUCAUCUAGUGAAAGUGAAUGUGAUGACUUACCAUCUUGUAAACCCAAGGUAUCGAAGAAAAGCCCUGCUGGACUUCAAAGCCCACAGGCUAACAAAAAGCCUUGUUGUGCCUCGCUAGAAGUAAAUAAGAGUCCAGGAUUAUCUUUAGACCAUAGUUACCUUGCUUCACCUGCCAGCAUGUUGGCCAGAUUGGAAAACUUAGAAGCUAAAGCAGGGCGUCGAUCAAAAGCUCGGUCAAGAGGCAUGUCACUUCGGGGGAGCGUAGAAGAUGGCGGGAGGCCAAGUGAGGUUGGGACUGAAGGUGGGCGAAGGCUCACUCGGCGAAGAACAGAAAUAAAGAGAAGUAGUGUAGAAGCUGAUUCUAUAAAAAAUGAGGAUGAUUCUUUCAAUCUAAAGCUAGAGGAAACCUUGCUGGAAGGUGGGGAUAGUAUCAAGAUGGAAAGUCAAGAAAGUGAUUCAGUUCUAAUGCCUCCACCAAGAAUGCCAUUACCUGUAGUUGAGAAAGACUAUCUUAUCACUGAUAAUGACUUAACAUGCAUUGGUGAUAUUAGUAUGGAUAUGACUGAACCAUUAUCAAAGAUAAUAGGCCAGGCAGCAGUAGAUAUACACAAAGAAGAUACAAAAAUUGAGAGAAGAUUUUUCAAAACACAAACUCCAGAUUUACCUGGAUCACCAAAAGCAGAAGUUACAGAGAAAACCCCAUUUGAUCUUUCUCUAAUGGAUGUCACUGUAGUGAAUAUACCUCCAUAUUCUUCCCAAAGGUCCUUGGAGAAAGAAAAUUUACCACCACAUUUUGAUGGUGAGUAUAGUAGAGUAGAAAAAACUGAGUCAGUAAACUUGAGGAGAGUGUCAGUAGUUCUAGAAGAUGUUAUGAAAUGUCCAGAUUUGCCAGAUAAAUACACACCAGAACUGAAACUUACUCUAAGUGCACAGACAGUAAAAUCUGGUGGGAACUCUUCAGGGAAAAGUAAAGAUACACUUCCUAAAGCUUCUAAAGCAGAAAGUCCAUUGCUUAAGAAGCCAAAGAAAAGAAAGACAUUAAGAUUUUCUGUUGCACAUGAAGAUGAUGAUGAAGAUGAGGACGAAAAUUUCUCCCCUGUGAAAGGAAGAAGAAGCCAAAAGGGAAGAAGAAAAACCAGUUCAGUUGGGAUGACACGAGCAAGGAGGUCUACUCUCAGCAGAAGGACAUCCAGUGCUGACAGUAGUGCUGCUGGGCCUGCAAGAAAACAGCGUAGAAGAAAAAAGAAUCAGAGGAUGCUAACACACCACAAAACACUCCA